AUGGCUACUCACGUCUUGACCUCGACCAACCUCCCGGCCAACCAGAUCUCGGUCUAUGGCCAGCCUUCUCCUACCAACUCGGCCACCAACUCUGUCAACAACUCUGCCAACAAUUCUGCCUCCAAUACUCCUUCCAAUAAUUCUCCCACUUCUCCCCGCCUCGCCACGGCUUCUCUGCACCAGCUCCCUCUGCAGUCCCGCCAGUUGCGUCCUCCCAAGGGCCCUCUUUAUGUCCCGGCUGCUCUCCGCCCGACCGAGCGUCCUCAGAAUGAGGACUCAGUUGAACCCCUCAGCCGUCGCUUCACCAUGGAAAGCCACACCAGCAAUAUCAGCAAGUCCGCUCAGCACGAGUGGAUGAAGAACGAGUCCCUCGGUGAGGUGACUGGUAUGCCAACUCGUGAACACUGGAAAGCGGACUCUGCGUCUUCCAACUGUGAUUCUCCUACCUGUCGUUCUUCAUUCGGUAUCUUCCUUCGUCGCCACCACUGCCGUCACUGCGGUCAUGUCUUCUGCGCCUCUCACACACCUCACCUUGUUCCUCUGGACCAGAAUGCUCGCUUCCAUCCGGAGGGUGAGCCCUCUCGUGCCUGCGACCUCUGCUGGAGUGCCCACCAGCGCUGGGAGGAAAAUCGUUCCGAUCGCCUGAACCAGAUCCAGAACAACAUGGACGCCCAGCAGACCGGUGUCGCUGUCCCCAACUCUGCCGAGGAGGCUACUUCCGAGGGCCCCAAGGGUCAGACUGCCGAGGUCGCUGCCUCUGUUCCCCGUGACUGGAACUGGAGCACCUUCUGA